AUUGUUCAUACAAUACUGUUAUUAAUUGGAGGCAUUCAUCAUGUAUUUGUAUCCUGGAUCAACAUUAGAGAUGGCCUGGCUCCCCUCUCCCUUUUUUAACCUUUUUCUCCUUUAAUGUUGCUACCAGGAGCAACAAUAUGCAUCUAUUACCAUAACCUAAAUUUUACUACCCCCUUCUCAGAAAUCCAUUAUAUAAAGAAAGCCUCAAUUAGCUUUAAUCCAUUUUGCAUGCACCCAACAGGAACAUAAAAAAAAUGCAAGCCAAACUCUUGACACUCGCUCUCUUUGCUAGCUUCUUUGCUACUGGUCUUACAGCACCUAUCUAUGGUCACUUGACAGAAAGAGAAAGCGCAAUUAUCAAACCAAUCAUCGAAGGCUUGAAAGUUGAGCCGAAUAAUUUCCAAGCAAAGUGUGUAUUCCAGUCUCUAACCAGAAUUACUACUGCUUUUCCUGAAUACCCUAUUGAUGAUUUGGUAGCACGCUUACCACCAAGGAUGUUUCAUGCAUGUUUCGAUACCGAAUCGCCAGAUAAACCAAAGCAGUGUUAAACAUGACUUUACAGAUAUUGUUACUCGUUAUUCAGUUAAUACUUUGAAGAAUGAAUAAAUAAAAGUAAAUCAAUUUAAUAGUUGCUAAUAGAUAUCUUAACACUGCCAAAUAAUUUACAAAAAGAUGAGCAUUAAGCUCUCUGUAUUCAUAACAGCUUUUUUUUUUUUCAAUUACUUGAGUGA